UUACAAUACAGUAAGUUCCGUUGUUUUCGAGAGAGUAGAUGUGUCUUUGAGGUGUUACACGAUUUGAAGAACUCUUAACCCGUUUCGGUAAAUUACAAACCUAGGUAGCUCGUUAGUUGCUUCUCUUCUGAUCAAGUCGCUUAGAAAAAAGCGACUUGAUUUAGCUAAUAAGCUCCUCUUUGUGAAUUCAGGUCGAAAGGGAUGCCGCUGCAGACAGACUCCGACGGACCCAAGCAGUCUUUGGAUUUAAUCUCAUCGCAUUUAAUCGGGAAGAGCAGCUUUUCUAUAAAUUUAAAAGGCCUCAGUAUAACACAUUCUCGACCGAGUGCUUUUGAAAGAUGCUUUAGCUCGAGUGCGAAUUAACAGCGCAGCUUUGAAGUGAAGAGAGGAGCGUCAAUAAUCAGCAAGCUAAACGCUAGCUUUCGUAGCAACAAAGCGGGGAACGUUAAUCGUUUGCCUACAAGAGUGAACAGAUAGGUGAAGCAGAAGAGUGUCUACGGCUUGCCAGUUGAACACGUUAUCAUCUGCCUGUGCUGACGAUAUUGUUCGACCACAAUGAAGCUGUUGGAAAGCUCCAGCUUUGAAGCCCUUAGCUCCCGGCUGUGUGUGGAAACAGGAGAGUCUCGCAUCCUUGGCAGGAUGGAGAGCUACUCCUGUAAGAUGGCAGGGGAUGACAAACAUAUGUUCAAGCAGUUCUGCCAGGAGGGCGAGCCUCAUGUGCUGGAGGCUCUCUCCCCCCCUCAGUCCACCAGCGCCACCAGCCCUUCACAGCUGGGGAAGAGCAGUGAGGAUGGGGAGAACCCGCUGAGUGACAAGUGUUGCAGGAAGACUCUUUUCUACCUCAUCACCACGCUCAAUGAGUCCUUCAGGCCCGACUACGACUUCAGCGCCGCCAAGGCCCACGAGUUCAGCCGAGAGCCCAGCAUCAACUGGGUGGUUAAUGCCGUGAACAGCAGCUUGUUCUCGGCUGUUGGGGAGGAGUUUAACUCUCUGGGGCCGGAGCUGUGGAACGCCAUCGACCAGGAGAUCAACCUGCAGGGAUGUGACAUUUACAGCUAUAACCCUGACCUGGACUCAGAUCCAUUUGGUGAAGAGGGGAGCCUCUGGUCCUUCAACUACUUCUUCUACAACAAGAAACUCAAGAGGAUUGUGUUUCUCACAUGUCGAUCCAUCAGUGUCUUGAGUGGCUAUGGCCGGGACUCCCUCGAUAACGAGCUGGACAUGGAGCUGGAUGACGAGGAGGAAAUGGAUGGCUUCACUGAGGACAGGUUCCCCAGAGCUCUGUGUGUGUGAAUCUCCCUGCAGGACACACCGCAGCCAAAGAAUAUCUUGGCUUUUCCUCCUCCCCCUCCCUCCAUUUUUGGCCUCAUAUUCCCUUUUUUUAUUUAGCUGCGUCAUCCAAAGCCAUGUCACGCUUUACACAAAUGCAUGUUUGAAGCCUUCUCUGUGCAUCGUGAGCCGGUGGACAUUUACGUACUUAAACCCUUCUCCAGUAUGAAGGCACACAUAUACGGACUUUUUCCCACCUGCAACAUUUCCAAAAGGACCCCUUCAUGGAGGCUUUAAAAGAAGAAGGUGUUGUAAUGGAUACGCAACAAAGACUGUUGGGGAGUUUCUUGCAAAUGAUGUCACAAAGAGGAGUCCAGAAAACACCAGCAUCAAUAAAAGCAGACAUUUGAUGAUCUUCCUACUUUGGAAGGGGCUGGGCUGGAAGACCCAGUAACCAUUGGUUUCCUGUUCAGUGGAAAACUCUUCAGUUGUUUCGUUGUUGCCGGUUUUUGUGUGUUGUUUUUUUUGUCUGACAGCGAUUGUGACAACUUUUUCAGCACUGAGUUUGGAAUUUGAAAUUGCUGCAUUUCUAACUGAAACUUCGUAUCGUUGAAUCUUAUUACUGCGAACGCUCGUCUGUACUUUAGACAGCUGGGCACGGCCAAGGAAGCUAUUGGCAUCUGGGUUGCAGCUUAAACAUAUCAGCCUUUAACAAAUGUCCCAUUGUUUUGUUUCAAUCCCCAUUUACCAAGUUCCAUGAUACAUUUUAUACGUAGUUGAUUUUACAAUCCAGUAUUUUUUCACUCUUCCCCUUAACUGAUUUAAUUGUAGUUGACCUGUUUCUAAAUGUCGAUCUUGCCAGUGUUUUUCUUUGCUCUUGCCUCAGUGCAAAGGCUUCAUCGAAUGAAUGUAUAGUACAAUUUAGAGAAAAAACCUAACGUAGAAUAGCCAUGUUGUACAUUGUUUUAUAGAAAUUGAGACGCUCCUUUUAUGUUCCUUACAAAGUGGUAAGGAGUUAUCUUUUCUGGACUGCUCUGUUCUUCAUUUGAUUGGCCAAUAUAUUCCAGAUGUUAAUAAACUGUUGUUUGAAUCAUA